UUGAAAAUUGCAACCCAAAAAUGAAACCCCAAACCCAGAGACAGUGAGUGAGACCAAUGUUGACGACGAUGUCGUUGUUUCGUCCAACGUUGUUUGUCUCCACCAUCCCCUCUUUUCUUCUUCGCUUCUGCCACUCUCACUCUCACUCUCACUCUCACAUUGACGACGCCGUUUCCUCAUUCCUUCACAUGCUCCAUUUGCACCCUGCACCGCCCAUCAUCAAGUUCAACAAGAUCCUAGGUUCCCUUGUGAAGAUGAAGCAUUACCCCACUGCUCUUUCCCUUUCUCAGCAAUUGCAAUUCCAAGGAGAAAUCACACCUGAUAUUUUCACCCUCAACAUCUUUAUCAAUUGUUACUGCCACAUGUGUCAAACCAGCUUCGCAUUCUCUGUAUUAGGCAACAUUCUCAAAAGGGGUUAUCACCCAGAUGCCAUAACUUUCACUACACUGAUUAAGGGUAUGUGUCUUAAUGGUGAGGUUAGGAAAGCAUUGAACUUUCAUGAUGAUGUGGUUGCAAAGGGGUUUCAGUUAGACCAUGUUGGUUAUGGGACCUUGAUCAAUGGGUUAUGUAAAGUGGGAGAAACAACGGCCGCCCUACAGUUGCUGAGACGAAUUGAGGACCACACGGCGGCUCGACCUGAUGUGGUAACGUACACCACAAUCAUUGAUAGCAUGUGCAAAAAUAAACUUGUGAAUGAUGCAUUUGAUUUAUAUCAUGAAAUGAUUGUCAAGGGAGUUUCUCCCAAUGUUUUCACUUACAAUGCUCUUGUCUAUGGGUUUUGUGUUGCGGGUCAAUUGAGAAAAGCAGUUGGUUUGUUCAGUGUUAUGAAAAUGGAAAAUGUCAAGCCGGAUGUUUAUACGUUUAGUACAUUGAUUGAUGGCUUGUGCAAGGAAGGAAAUGUGAAACAAGCUGAAAAUGUCUUAGCUUUGAUGAUAAAAGAAGGUGUGAAACUGAAUUUUGUUAUUUAUAAUACCUUAAUGGAUGGCUACUGCCUAAUUAAUGAGAUGAGUGAGGCUGAGUAUUUGUUCAAAAGUAUGGCUCGAGGGGGAGUGACGCCAGAUGUUCAGAGCUAUAGUAUCAUGAUUAAUGGGUUCUGUAAGGCUAAAAUGGUAGGCGAAGCCCUUAAUCUCUUUAAAGAAAUGCAUUGCAAAAAGCUUGUUCCUAAUACAGUAACAUAUAGUUGUCUUAUUGAUGGUUUGUGCAAAGCAGGGAGAAUCUCCAAUGUUUGGGAGCUUGUUGGUGAGAUGCAUGAUAGAGGUCACUCAGGUAAUAUAAUCACCUACAAUUCCUUAUUAGAUGGUUUAUGCAAAAACCAUGAUCUUGAUAAGGCUAUGGCAUUAUUCAUGAAAUUUAAAGAUCACAGAAUACAGCCAGAUAUGUACACCUACACGGUGAUAAUUGAUGGACUGUGCAAAGGUGGAAGGCUUAAGAAUGCGAUAGAUGUAUUUCAAGUUCUUUUGAGUAAAGGCUACAAUUUAAAUGUCAAGACGUAUAAUGCUAUGAUCAAUGGGUAUUGUAAAGAAGGUUUAUUUGAUGAAGCAGAAUCCUUGAUGUCAAAAAUGGAAGACAAUGGUUGCAUUCCUGAUGCUGUGACAUUUGUAACAAUAAUUUCUGCUCUCUUUGAAAAAAAUGAAAACGACAAGGCAGAGAAACUUCUUCAUGAAAUGAUUGCUAGAGGUCUAUUGUAAGGUUAUAUCCCUAUCUUAAUGUUGUUGAGAAGCAGAAAAUAUUGGCUCUACAUGAAAAUGCUUACCGUUAAUGCAAUAAGAACACUGGGAAUACUAAGCCUCCACUGCUGCCAACGGAGAGGAUGCUGUGAACGUUGAGUUCUGGUGCUGCCAAGGCCAAAAAAGAAUCCCGCACCAGUAAGCAGUACCUUCCAAAUAUGAACAAAAACAUCCCCAGGGCAGAGGAGAAGUUCAAAGAGACAAGUGCUGAAUUAUACGAGGUACCAGGUGGUUGACACUACUGUAUUUAAACCCUGCAACAUUGAUAUGGAAUUUCAAUAUUUAACCAGAGCAGAAGAAUUGCUAACUUGCUAUUACUACACUUUUGAAGGCAGGAAAUGAAUCAAGCUUAGAUCGUCUUAUGAAGCAGAUUACAAAUUUUAUGUCUGGUAUUGCUGAUGAGUUCAGAAUUGUUGUUGUUGAAGCAAUAAGAUCUUUGUGCCAGAAUCGAUCUCUGUUUGUGUCUUGUAUUGUAGUUUUCCUCGCCCCAUAUGUUCUUACAUUUUGUUUUCCUAUAUGAAUGGUCUAAAUUAUUGGUUUGUAUCCUGCUAUUAUCUUCCAGAUGAACUUCUUGAGUAACAUUCUUAGAGAAGAAAGUGGGUUUUCUUACAAAAAGGUUGUGGAUUCAAUUGUGAUUCUCA